UGCCCAUCCUUACCCUGAGCGACGCCCGCACAAACACGGGCGGACAGCAGCAGGAAGAGCACACGCAGCCCGCCCAUCAGAGCACAGCGUCCUCGGCAGCCUCGGCCUGUGAAAAUCCAAUCUAGACUUGCAAUUCAGGCAUCUUAUUAAGCGCCCCGAUAGCGCGGUGUUUUCCCAGGUCGGGGCGUCGGGGUUCCGAGUUCAAUCCCGGCGCCACCAUGAAAUGCGUGGGAUUUCUCCGGUUAAAGGCCAGAGACCUGCCGCCUAGGCUAGGGUGAAAUCGGCGUUGUCGGGGAGCGGUGCGGCGCGGCUCGAAGGGCCUAUAUCGCUAAAUAAAUAAAACGUCCCAGAAAGAUAGGCCGGGUUGUCAAGGGAAUGAGGCCUAUUUCAGACUGCUGGCGAAAUUCAUCCUGAAGAUACCUGGGGACCUUCGGAGGUAUGACUGAUUGUCAUAACACCACUGACUCUCUAUGGGUUUUGAGUUCUGCAGCUGAAACAAAAUGACCUAUAUUCCAAGAAAGUGUGGUAUUAAAUUUAAGCCACCUACUAUUGUUUUAAUCUAUGAAGAUGAAAGUACUAAGAAGACUCGGCAAAGACUGAUACCUAUUCGAAAUUUCUCCAGAUUUUCAGAUUGCUACCGAGCCGCAGAAGAGAUUAAGAAUAACCCUCGACACCAAGUAUAUCUAAAUGGAGUGUCACAACAGCAGCUGCAGAAAUUGUUACACCUACUGAGGGAUAGCCUGAAUGGGCUGAGUCUUGAAAAAAGUUUGGAGGCAUUCAUGAGGACGAACUCUAUUAACCCAGAGGAGGACCUCAAUAAACUUGAUGACAAUGAAUUGGCAAAAAAGAAAAAAAUAAUGGAUGAACUGUUUGAAAAGAACCAGCGAAAACCCAGUGACCCAGAAUUUGUUUAUGACCUGGAAGUUGACUUUCCACAGGAUGACCAAAUCGAGUCAUGUGGCUGGGAUGAUGAAGAGCAAGAUGGAGAGAUUUGAUUGAUCAUUUUUAAAAAUUGUCAGUGUGAGAGUCAUGUAAUAAUCCAGAGAUGAACAUAAUAAAGUUAUAAAUGUUCAAACUGA